AUGAAUAAGUACUGGCUUUGUAUUUCUUCAAUUUACUUAUUCCUAAACAUACUUUCAAAAUGUAAAGAAUUAGAGAAUAAAAGCCUUACGGUUUUGGCCAAUUAUAAAUAUUAUAAUGAUUUAGGGAAUAAUAGUAAAAAUAGAAGAACAAAAGGAAGACACAAUAUUAACAAUAGUAAUUGGUCAAACAAUAAUGAAUAUUCUUUUUUAUCCUUAAAGGCUAGUUCUAUAUUUAACCAGCACUAUGUUGCAAAGUUAAUCAAUACAGUAUUAUAUAAGGGACUACAUACCCAUGGGUACUUUCACCGUAAUCCGGCUGUAUAUGAAUCUCUUUCAAGAACUAACUUUUUUUUCUAUUUAACAGUAUUAAAUAAGGAAAAUGUGAAACGUAUUGUCAAAUUAAUAUCUAGAGCUCAUAGUGCAAAGAAUAAAAAGUAUGAUGUAUUUAAGAAACAGUUAAUGUAUAAUUUCAACUGCCCUGAUUUUCAAAUCGAUGAUGUUAUUAAAACUGAAAUGGACCAUGCUCUUAUAACAUAUAAUAAAGCAAAAUCUGAUUCUUAUUGGGGUAUGAUUGAUGCAUUAAAAAGUGAUGGAUUGUUAUUGGCUAGAACAUUUAUGUCCGUGUCUUUUGCUCAGAGUCUUAGGGGUAUAAUUGGGCUUAUAAAUCAUGAAUUGAUAGAUCUGUGUUUUUCAAAUGCUUAUUUAUACAAUAACAUAGCAUCUUUUGACAAGCUUCUUAUGAACAAUAUUUUCGGAGUAAUUAUGUCCUAUGUUUUUAAAUCAUUUCUACUGUUUUUUUACCCCCUGGUUAUGCCAUUCCGUGGAGCUUUUGCCUUUGCUAUGUCAUCAUUUUGUAUUACACAAUUGAGUAAGAUUAUGUUUGCUGUCUAUAGAAAUGUCAAACGACUCUACCGAAUAUCUUACAGAAAGAUGUUUUACGCAAUUUUAAAAAUAAAUAUAUUAAAGCACCCAGAUCUUCAAGAAUACGCUAUGAAAUUGCUACAAGGAGAUUCCUUAAUUCUAGUUUCUAAAAUUUGGAAACUCUCUUAUGUAAAUGUUACAGAUCAUUUGUCUGGAAAAAAUUUAUUUCCUGUUCUAAACAACUUAUUUGAAAAAAAUCUCGGCACAGGGUUUUUUGAUUUCAGUCAUUCUUUAUUUAAAUAUGUUACAGACGCCUUAAAUGAUUUAAAAUUAUUAAAUACGAAAGAUGGGGAACUGGAUAAAGAAACUGUACUAAAAAGUGAAACGUUUAAAAAGGUUCUAUUGAUUCUUCAGAUUACUAGAAGAACACUAUACUAUGAAGAAUCAUACAUCAAAUUAGCUGUUUCAAAUAUAUUAACAAAAUUCUUUACCUUAAUAUCAGUUAAUAUAAAUUAUAUUAGUAAAAUGAACCCUAAAGAAUUUUUUCAGAACGAUUUAGAUUCAGAAUUUAAAUAUAUAUAUGAAGAUCAAAUAUAUGAAACAUAUUUACAAAAAAUUUCUUCAAAUAUAGUUAGAAAACCAUUUAUAAAAAAAAAUAUAAGAAGAAUUAAUAGAGGUAGCAUUGAGUUCACAUUGUCUCUUAUUAAGAUAAAACUGCUCCAUUACAAACCUUCUUUAAAUUUCCCUUACUCCAGUUUAUAUUUUGAUGAGAAAUUAAAGAAACAGUUAAAUAGUUCAAUGAAGUUAUUAAUUAAGGGUGCAACUGGAAUUAUAUCUGGUCUUGUUAAUUACGGAGAAAAAUUCAAACUUCUGAAGAGUUGUCCUUUAGAAUUAGCUAAAAAGUUGAACCAGCCAUGCAAUUAUGAAUCUUUUGAAGUAAAGAAAUUAUUGUUUCCUCUAAAUAUUUUUAUUAAUCUCUUAAUUCCACUAUUUUUAGAAUAUAAUGAUGUACUAGUAGAUAAAAAAGUAAUAACAAAUAUGGUUAAUUUUUUUAGUGUUAUUACUGAUUCAAAAGAAUUAUAUUUAUACGAAUAUUUGAAAAAUACUGUUGAUACAAUAAAAAGGUCAGAAAAUGCUGAAUUAGUAGAUAUAAAUUACGAUGAUGAAAUAAAUAAAAUAAUACAUAAUGAAAUUCACAAAGUAUUAGACGAAGUGAACACUGAAAAAAUUAAUUCUUUAAAGUUUCAUAGUUAUACGAUGAAAGAUGAAGGUUUAUAUUUACAUAAUAAAGAAGGACGUUUAUAUAAAUUUUCAUUUAAUCAAAAUAAUAGAAAGGAAUUUUUUUUAAAGUCAUUGAACUUAUAUACUUUUAGAAAUCCACUGAUGCAUCAAGUACCAUAUAUUAAAUUUGAGCCAUUAAAUAGCAACAAUGGUAAUUUGAUAGUAGGUUCACAUGCUGACAAAUAUGAAGGAAAGUUAACUCAGUGUUAUAUGUGUUUAAAAGAAGACAACGACACUUUAGUUGUUGAUGUAAUUCAUCACAUUCUAUGGGCAUCCGGAGUUGAUCAAUUCAGUUCUUUAAUUUUUUCUUCCAUGAUUGGAGCAGUUAAGCAAUAUUUUCAUCAAGCUCUAUCGUGGAAAAGGGCUCUUCUAAGCAUGGUCCCCACAGAGUUUUAUGAAGUUCACAGAUUAUAUAUGGAAAAAACAUCCAAAGAAAAAGAUAGAUCUCAAAAUUAUUUUUUAAAAAAAAUUAGAAAAUAUAGGUUUCAGUUCAAUAAGGUAACCUUUUCGCGUAUGUUUAAGACAUUUUUAGAAAAUGUUUUAAAUAAAAUAAAUUUCUUUAAUACAGAAGAGUCCGUCAUUAUAUUGGUGAUGUCAGCAUUGUAUGCUCUUUAUAAAAAUAUUGAAAAAAAUGAAAUUCCUGUAAAUGAAACAUAUAAAUUAUAUCAGCAAAAAUUGUUAGAAGCAUAUAAUCCAAAAACUAGUUACGCAUAUAAUUAUGAAACUUACACUAUGAAUAAAAUUAAAAGCUAUAAUGAACAUAAUAAAAUAAAAAAAUAUGAUGAGCUUCCAAAAGGUAAUAAUAAUAAUAAUGAUAACAGUAAUGAUGGUAGUGGUGAUAUUAGCAAUGAUAACGGUAAUGAUAAUGAUAAUAAUACUAAUAAUAUGGGUGACAAGAAGCAGGAGGAUAUUAAUGCAGAACUAACUUUAGAAGAUGAAAUUGUGAAGAGCACAAAAUAUUUACGAUAUGAAAUAGAAUCUAGGGAACAUGAAAAAAAAAAAAUUAUUGAUCAUAUAACGACUCUAUAUGGAGAAAUACCAAAUAUUGAAAAAUUCCAAGAUUUACCUUCACAGUGUUAUUUUUUACUCUAUUAUGAUUAUAGUUCCUUUAUGAUGGAAAACAUAAUGGGAAUAGAUGAUGUAAUGAACAAUAUUAAGAAAGAAAAAAUAAAAAUAAAGGGUGUUAAAAAUUUAAAUCAUAUACAAAAUACAGGUACCAAAUUUGCUACUAUUGGACAAACAGAUUUAAUAAAGAUACUUUGUGGAACACAUUUAUUUUUUAAGAAAGAACAUAUUCCUCUUGACGAUAUGUAUAGAUUUGAAUAUGGCAAUGAUGUUGUGAGACAUCUGUUAAUCAUUAUGUCUCUAUUAAGAAUAGAGAAAAAAAAUAAUAGACAUUCAUGGAAAAGAUUUUUAGCUUUAGAAGAAUAUUUAGAUCAAAGAAAAAAGUAUUUCAAAACACCUCUAAAAUUGUUAUACUUAAAAAUGUUAAAUGUUAAAAGAGUUGUUGGAUAUGCUAGGAAAAAGGCAUUAAUGACUUUAGGUAAACGAAUUAAAGGCAAAAGAUUAAUAAAUAUAAUGAGAUAUACAAGAUUUUUUGAAAUUAUAGAAAAUGCUGAAGUUAUUAAUGAUUUCUACCCACAUUCAUAUAUAAAAUUUGAAGAUAUUUUAGUUUUUUCUAACGUUUUUCAAAAAUUUAAGUAUCCUCUUAUAAGAUAUACAGCAGACCAACAAAAUGUUAAAGAGAUGCUGAAUAAUUUUAAGUUGGCUCCAAAUACAUCAGUAAAUAAUGAAAAAUAUAUAUUACGAAUUUUUAGACUUAUAAAUUUAAUAAUUAAGCAGAAGUUUUCUAUGGACUUAUUUAGUAUUAAAAAAAAUGACAAUUAUUUUUCUUCACAAUUUCUAGAAAAGAGUGAACAUAUCCUGAAUAAAAUUCAUUUCGAUCAAAAGAUAGAACAGUAUUUAUCUCAGUUAAUUGGAUUUUUAAAACUUUUAUCAGAUAUGAAAUUUACAAAUUUCUUAUUUUUGAGAAAUUUAUAUAUUUUCAUAAAAUUUUACGCAGCAACAGAUGAUCUAGAUUAUUCAAUAAGAUUUUCAUCCAUAUAUUUGUGUAACAGAAAUUACUUGAAUUUUAUUUUAAAUUCAAUAUUAGAAUUUGAAACAUUCAAAAAAUUUAUUCAAAAACUGAAAGAUAAUAAUGACUUGAAAAAAUAUCCUAUAGAUCAUUUAAAUUUCCAAGUGCAAUGUUAUGCUUCUGAUAAUAUUAAAACUUAUAGAGCUUCAACAACGGAUUUAGAAAAAUUGGCUCGUUAUAAUGAAAUUAUGGAUUAUGAUGUACAAAAUUUUUAUAAAGAUUAUUUAUUAUUAGAUUUAUUUUAUGAUGAUAUAGAUAUAAAAGGUCUAGAUACGUAUUAUCAAAAAAUUGAUCAAGAAGAUCAGAAAAAUGUAGGUAAAACAUCAAGUAUAUAUAUUGCUGGGUCAAAAAACGUAGCUUCUAAUGUUUUAGCACAUGAUAUAGCCAUGAUAAAUGAAACAGUUCAAAAUUAUAUAUAUCUAGAAAAAUUCUUACAAAAAUCUAAUGUCCCAAUAAUCCCCUUUGAAGGGUUUACUAUUGCACCUGAUGUAAAUAACAUUGAUGUGUAUUUUACAAACAAAGCUACAACAGCACCUUUUUACAGUAAAAAUAUUUUGGAUCAGUUUUAUAUAGUUGGGAAGGCAUUUACUAAUGAAUAUUUUCAAAAAGUGAAAUGUUCCUUUGUUAACUAUCCUUUCUUUUUGUAUUAUUGGUUUAUCUUAAAUCCAGGAAAACCAAAUAUUGAAUCUAUGAGCAAAACAGGUUUGGUCAAAGAAGAUGAUUUAAAACCUAAAUCAAAAGAAGCUAAAGAAGAAGAAGAACAAUUAAUAGAUGAAAAAAUUGUUACAGAUAUAUUAUCUGCAAAUUAUGCGGAUGAAGAGAUAGAUAAUGAAGACCUAAUGUCGGAAGCUUCAACAUCCGAGGGAGAAGAUUCCGAAUUAGAUGAAGGAUAUAUUAGGAAAUCAUUUGAAAAGAAAAAUAAAUUCGUAAGUAAUUCAAACUCAGAACAAUAUAUCGCAUCUGAUAAUGAUACUCUAUCAAAUGUAAGUGAAGAUUCAUCUAGUAGUGCAGAUUCAACAACAACUGAUGAAUCAUAUAAAACUGUAAACUCAGAUGUAAAUAUAGCAUCAUACAAAAGUGCAAACUCAGAUACACUUACAGAAUCAGAUAAAACUUUACCUAAAUCUCAAUCUUUUCUUGAUACUUCAAAUUUUAUUAAAGAGGGAUGGAACGAAAACAAUAAAAAUUCUACAUACACCCUUAUGGAAAAACAAAAUAAAAAUGAAAAAGAUGAUGAUAUACUAGAUGAAAAAGAAGGAGAUCAGAAUACUUUAUUAUAUAAAAAUUAUAGUAACUGUGGAGUUUCAGAUGACAUGCAUAAUGAAAAUAUGUCAAAAGAAUAUGAAAUGGAUAAGAUACAAAAUGAAAAUGAUGUUAAUUUCCUUCAGAAAACAGAAAAGCCCACAUUUUCAUUUGAUUCUACAAUGAUAACAGAAAAAUAUGUAAGUGCUAACAACGGAAAACAUGGCUUUUUUAAUAGAUCAUACAAUAUGUAUAUUCCUAAAACCAGUAUUUAUAGAAACUUUCAUCUAGUAAUAAAGGUUGUACACUCAGUUAUUUCAUUAAACAAGUUUUCUGUGUUCACUCCAGUAGAAAUUAUAAAAAAAGGAUUAACUAUAUUAAACAAAAAAAGAAGAUAUAUAAAACAAAAUAUGAACCCAUUUAUUAAUAAAAUGAUAUUAGAUAUAAAUGAUACAGUACAAAAAAUUAAGUCUACUAGUGAAAAGGGAUAUAAUUUACCAAAAUCGGAUUUAUUUUCUUUAUAUAAAAUAGUCGAAUUUCAGUUAUUCAAUCAAUACCUUAUCUAUCCUCCUUUAAAAAGAUUAAAACAAACGGAGUUGAAAUAUAUUUUAGAUGUUAUAAAUGAGGGGUAUUAUUACUAUAUAAAUAAAUUAGUAAAACAAUUAAGGGAAGAUCUUGUAGUUAAGGAUAAUAUUGCACGAACUCUUUCCAGUUUCAAAGAGUAUACAAGUUUCUUUUUUGAUGAAGGUACAGUUAAUUUGUUUUAUCAAAUGUUCAAAGAAUCGAUUACUUGUAAAAAUGUAAAAUGCUUUGAUUUCUUGUUUAAUGACUUCAUUAGUCGAUAUUAUAAUAAUACAGUAAUGAGUAUAACAAAUGACGAUAAUACUUUUCAAUCACUCGCAAAAAUAUUUAAGGAAAACGAUACUUUAAAUUCAUUACGUGAAGAUAUUCAGAAUAUAUAUAUUUCUUCAGAAAAAAAGUCAAAUGAAACAGAACAUAAUGAUUUGGAAAGUACUGCGUCUUCUAAACCUAAAAUAACAUAUGAAGAUUUAGUGUUAAGUUCACUUCAAUUUCCAAAAAAAAUAGAACCAUGGAAUUGUGUUUUCACUUUAUUCAAUAUAAAACAUUUAUAUAUGAAUGUUGGUUACCUUCUACUAGGAGGUAAAUAUAGAUUUAAAUUGUUUAAAAGAAUUUUUGCACACACAUUUGAAAUUUUUGGAUGGCUCAGGAAAAAUAAAAAAAACGAAAUAUAUAUUCCUUGA